ACGCGUUCAUAAGCCACUAGUUUUAUUUCUUACACCGCAAUAAUUAAUCAAAGCACCUUCGGGGGUAAUGUUCUCUUUUUCACUACCAUCGAUCAAAUCAUCAAAUUAUUAAUUAUCAUACAAGAAAAUACAAGAAAGAUUAAUUCUCAAUCCAUCAUUCAUUCUCAUAAACUUAACAAGACUCUGAUCUGAUCAUCACAGAUACAUUUUUGAAGACCUAUCAUCAUCAUCAUUGUCAACAUGGCUUAUCCUUAUCCAGCACAGCCAUCUGCCUCUGCACCAAUGCCGCCACUCCCCACCGCCGCCAUAUUCGGUCCUCAAUAUUGUGCUCCGUAUCCGGUGGAUCUUGCCGUGGUGAAAAAGGUGAUGACCAUUUCAGACGGAAACUUCGCUGUUACUGAUGUCAACGGCAAUAUUGUCUUCAAAGUUAAAGGCUCUCUCUUAACCCUCCGUGAUCGCCGUGUCUUGCUUGAUGCUGCUGGUAACCCCAUCACCACCCUCCGUCGUAAGAUAGUGACUAUGCAUGAUCGGUGGGAAGCUUAUAGGGGUGAAAGUACACAUGCUAAAGAUCUUAUAUUUACAUUGAAGAGAUCAUCUCUAAUCCAGAUGAAGACCAAAUUAGAUGUGUUUCUAGCUGGUAAUACCAAAGAAGAUGUUUGUGAUUUUAAAGUUAGAGGUAGUUGGUUGGAACGAUCUUGCAUUGUUUAUGCUGGUGAAUCUAACAACAUUGUUGCACAGAUGCACAAAAAGCACACUGUUACGAGUAUUUUAAUGGAUAAAGACCAUUUCUCAGUCACGGUUUAUCCCAAUGUUGAUUACGCUUUCAUAGUGGCAUUAAUCGUGAUUCUUGAUGAGACUAACGAAGAUGAAAAAGAUUGAUGAUUAGAGGUUUAUGGUUUUAUAUUCAUCAAAUAUUAAGUAAUAUGUUACCCAUGUGUUAUUAAAUUAAGUGGUUUGCAUAUUAUAUUGAAUUGUCAUGGCUAUUUUGUGUUUGUUCAGACAUAUGUAAAAGUCACACAAAAUACUCUGUUUUUUCUUUUUUGAAAAAGUACCUAUUUAGAGACAAGUUGUGUGUUAAUAAUAUGCUUGAAUUCUGAAGUA